AUGGAGUCACACGCGGCGAUGCUUCUAAACCCAAAGGGUUAUAGGAAGCAGGUCCAGCGCAAUGGUAAUGACCUCUCCAAGAGCCCUUCACCCACCCCUUCCAGAUUACACGACCUUGCGAUACCCGUGUUUCCCAGCGAGACGCCGCCUGCCCCAGAGGGAUCUCUCAAGCUUUCUUCGACCGAGGUCAUGGAGUCGUCUGAAUGCGCUAGCUCACAAUCCCCAGGCACUGGAUCGAAUUCGACUCACCUUCCUCGCGAAUCUGCCCCUCAGACCUCCGCUAUUGCACCCCCAGGCACAGUUCCAAUCAUGCGCUCCCAGCCAAAGGAACCCUCGAAUGAAGAUCUCACCGUACUAUUUACAAACGCUCGUGACGGCGAAGAGAGCGAUGCGAAACGAAGCUACCAUGAGAUCAGUGACAGCGACGAUACCCGACCUCGAUCGCGCAAUCUAAUCGAAGGCGUAUACGACGUUGAACAGCGAAAACAUCAAUAUCAGCCGACGAAAAAAUUCAAGUUGGAUGACGCGGAUACGAAGGCCAACAUGGCGAAAAAGUCCGCGAGUUCCGGAGAUAACGGCCUUGGGCAGUGGUUGAAAGAGGUCGAAUCCAAGCAGACUUCGACUUCAAAUUCCACACCUGCUGCAUCUGAUGUGGUGGACUUGACAGCAGAUCUUCCCAAGACCACGGACGACGAUGAUUUGCAGGUCACUGGGUCGAACGAUCUCAGCAACCAGCGGGUUUGCUAUGGCAAGGUGGAAAACGCAGUAGUUAAUGCAUACAUCGUGCCCAAGCCUCGCGCCAAUCCUGUUCUUGGACCCGAGGCACUGCAAUGGUCUUCGAUGAAGCUGGAUUUGGUCCGAGAGGCGCGCAAGGGAGACAAUCGAAUCCAUGUCAAGGAUUCUUUUGGCAAGACUUUUGCAACUGUGGACGCCAAGACUGCCUUAGCAUUGUGCCCUUUGCUCGACUCUCCUGUGUUGGCCAUGGAUGUUACUGCUCGUCUGGACAUGCGUAAAAAGCUUCCUGGUGAGGAGGUGUGGCAGCCUACUCAUGGACUUUAUCGGGCAUCAAUCACCCUCUAUGGCCCGCGCAAGCAUGCCGAAAAAAUUGGAAAGCACUUGAGCCAACACAAUGUCUGGCUAGGCACUCCAAUCUUUGUGGAAAAUGGAGUGCCAGUGUUCAAUCCCCAUGCAGAAAAGAGACUUGCAAUGGCAGCUGCAGCUGCAUCAAGCAAUCUUCGUGAUCGAGCGUCCUACAACAACAUCCGAUACGAAGUUCGCACAGCAGAAGAGGUGACCGAUUCCGUGAUGAAAAUGUUCGACAAGCUGGUCAGUAUGAACAUUCCCAGUAUGGAAGCGCCCUCUACAGUGACGACACCCCUUCUUCCCCACCAGAAACAAGCACUCUGGUUCAUGAUGGAAAAGGAAGCUCCACGCAAGUAUGGCGACAAAGAAGAGGAUCACAAUUCACUGUGGCGCCGAGUCGGUACACAUGACGACAUGAGAUACCGGGACAUCAUCAGUGGAAUCGUUUGUAAAAACGAACCGGAACAGACUUAUGGAGGCCUCUUGGCCGAUGUGAUGGGUCUGGGAAAGACCUUGAGUAUCCUCUGCCUGGUAUUGUCCACGCUCGACGCUGCUACUCGAUGGGCUGAGAAGAUUCCCCCUCGCCCCCUUGUUCGCGAGAUCCCAGGCAUUCGCAACACGCGGACUACACUCCUAGUCGUGCCCCUGAGUACUGUCAACAACUGGGUUUCGCAAAUCAAAGAGCACAUCAAACCGGGAUCGAUAACCUCCUAUGUUUUCCAUGGCGCAUCACGUACGACCGAUCUGGACGAGCUCUCCAAAUUCGAUAUAGUGAUCACUACUUACAGCACGGUCCUCAGUGAGAUAUUUGGGCGAGGCUCCAAGCGUGGUAGUCCUCUGGCCAAAAUGAACAUGUUUCGAGUCGUUCUUGACGAGGCACACGUCAUUCGAGAGCAGAAUGCCCAGCAGACUAAGGCGAUCCUGAGCCUCAACUCCCAGCGUCGUUGGUCUGUAACUGGCACCCCUAUUCAGAACCGUCUGGAAGAUCUACUCUCAGUUACUAAGUUUUUACGGCUGUUUCCUUACGACGACCGAGCCAGGUUUGGUCAGCACAUCAUCUCCCCUUUUAAGACCGGCGAUCCGACCGUGCUCGCAAGUUUGAGAGUCUUGAUUGACUCAUUCACCCUACGUCGAGUCAAAAAUAUGGUCGAUCUACCUGAGCGAACAGAAAAGAUCGUAACCUUGGAUUUCACUGAGAAGGAAAAGCAGCUGCAUGAGUUCUUCCGACAGGAAUCCAAUGAUAUGAUGGGUGUUAUAGCGGGAAAUAACAGAAAGAAGAUGGGCGGCCGUAUGUUCCACUGGGUGCUGAAAGCGAUGAUGACCCUACGCCUGGUCAGUGCCCAUGGCAAGGAGCUCCUGGACGUGGGAGAUCGGGACAAAACAAAAGGCAUGAGUGUACAGGACGCCAUUGACCUGGCAGACCUGGAAGAAGGCGAAACUGAUGAGAGCCGGGAGACAUUUGAAAGGAAAGCCCAUGGCCAUGUUGAUCUUAUGGUUCAGUCAGGAGAUACCUGCAAGCUCUGUGAUAAGCUCAUCGAAGCGCCGAUGACGGACGCUGGGAUCCCUGACAAAAACGCCCCAAUGGCUAUCUAUUUGCCAUGUACCUGUGUCCUUUGCCCGGAUUGUUUCUCUUCCUGGAAAGCCGUGGGUGACGCAAAGCCCGACACGGAUAUUCUAUGCCAAGCCUGUGAGGGUUGGACAACGUUCCAGUACUCGACGGUCAGUCCAGCUAGUCUUGAACGCUACCAAAUUCAACAGACAGAAGCGCGCAAGAACGGCAAGAUCCUGGGCGAGUACGAGGGUCCGCAUACGAAGACGCUCGCUCUCAUUCAUCACUUGCAAUCGAUUGCGGCGGAAAGUAAAACUUUGGUUGGCGAACCACCCAUCAAGAGUGUGGUAUUUUCAGGAUGGACCUCCCACCUGGACUUGAUCGAAAUUGCGCUGAAAAACAAUGGUCUGGACAGCUUUGCACGACUGGAUGGCACCAUGACCUUGGCCGCCCGGGCCCGGGCCCUUGAAGCUUUUGCAAAAGAUGAUUCUGUCACCAUACUCCUGGUAACCAUCGGUGCUGGCGGUGUUGGUCUGAAUCUGACCUCUGCCUCCCGUGUCUUUGUCAUGGAGCCUCAGUAUAACCCUGCCGCAGUUGCCCAAGCCGUCGAUCGUGUGCACCGCCUGGGUCAGCAUCGCGAGGUGGUUAUAAUCCAGUUCAUAAUGCGGAAUAGUAUCGAGGAAAAGAUUCUCGAGCUAGCCAAGAAGAAGCAGAAGCUAGCUGAUAUGAGCAUGAACCGUGGCAAUCUGGACAAGCGGGAAGCUCAAGCAGAGCGCAUGCGGGAAUACCGCAGCCUCUUUAAGUGA